CUAGUGCAGAUACUAUUUGUCUAACUAAUGAGUGGGUCAGAACCUGUUGAUGAUAGAGCUGACGGUAGGAGACUAACACGUGCACAGGCACUAAGGGUACCGCACGUGUUCCAGGCCUUGGAUCCGGGAGAAGAAAGACGGAUACGUAGAGCCCGUGCGUUAGCAGCGGGGAUAGCAGAAGCAAACAGAGCAGCAAGAGAGCAGGCAACAACAGCCAGAGCAGCUGCGAUGGCUAACGGCGCAAGCUCUGCUGCGUCAUCAUCUGCGUCCUCGUCAAGGACUAAUGGGAGCUCUUUGGGAAUGCCAACAAGUUCCACAAGUUCCUCAGGCACUUCCGGUUCCACAGGUUCUAGACAGUCCUCUAGUCAAAUGGUCGGCUCGCAGUUCAGCCCCAUGACCGCACGUGAGAGGGAGCUCAGAGAGAUCCAACAGGUCGAGAGGCUCCGCCAGCAGUUAAAGGAGGAUUUGAAGAAAGCAACCGAUAGAGAAAGAGAGAUAAAAAGUAGAGCGGCCAGACUUGAUACGUUAGAGGCUGACAAGGCUGCGUUAGAGGGAUUGGACGAAACAGGUUUGUCUGACCCCCUGAAAGUGUUGAAGAACAACAUGUUGUCACUACAUGCGCACGUAGACAGCAGGUUGGACUUCAUGCAAAGCACUUUGGACCAGAUCCUGGAUGCAUUGACAAAGCCAGGAUUCCGGCCACCAGCACAAUCGCCGUUGCCGUUAUCGGCGAUGUCAGGCCCCUUUCCAGUUCAAGCUGGUACCCAGCCUAGUGUCGCCUCUCCUUUGACUGAUCUAACUCGACUUGACACACCGUGGGACUGGAGUGAUGAGUGCGAGGGUGCUUUCAAGAGAUUGAAGCAUGCACUCAUGAAUCAUGAAGUUCUCAUGGUUCCCUAUCCGCAGAAGCCAUUCAUAGUGACCACUGACGCAAGCCAAUACGGCAUUGGCGCAGUGCUGGCUCAGCAGGAUGGGAAAAAGUUGAGACCGAUUGAGUACAUGAGUAAGAAGAUGCCAUCGAAGAAGUUGCCUAAGUCCACCUACGAAAGGGAACUCUAUGCUCUCUACAAGGCACUUGUCCAUUGGAGACACUUCCUUUUGGGAAGGUUCUUCUAUCUGAGGACUGAUCAUCAGAUCCUCAAAUGGAUCAAGACUCAACCGGCUCUUUCUGAUGCACUCAAGCGAUGGAUUGAGGUCAUAGACCAAUAUGACUUCAAGCUUGAGUACCUGAAGGGAGAGUACAACAAGGUUGCAGACGCGCUAUCCCGUAGAGCAGACUACCUAGGUGCGCUAGUUUCUGAAUUUGGCGUAUCUAACGAAGUAACUCAAUCAUUGGUGGGAGCCUAUCAAGAAGAUCCUGUCACGAUGGACAUCAUCCACAAACUUCAGGCAAAAGACAAGGCCAUAGAAAGAUUGAGUGUUUCCAUGGAUUUCAUGGACACUCUUGUGACCAGCAAGAGUGGUAAGAGGCACAUUUUYGUCAUCAYURACCGAUUCACCAAGUACGCUAGACUAAUACCAAUGCCAGAGACAGCCWGGACCGAAUACGUCAUCRAGUUGUUCAAGGACAACUGGGUAAGGGACUUUGGUUUACCAAAUACCAUCAUUAGUGACCGAGACGUCCGAUUCACAAGUGAGCUGUGGAAGAAGACUGCAGAACAGAUGGGCAGUCAACUUCAGACGACUUCAGGGAAUCAUCCCGAAGCCAACGGACAGGCCGAACAAAUGAAUAGAGUUGUACAGCACUUGCUGAGGCAUUACAUCAAGCCCAGCCAGGAUGAUUGGGAUGAGCAGUUACCUCUCAUCGCCAGCCUGUACAACAAUGCUAUACAUAGCAGUACCGGCGUUAGUCCUAACCAGCUGCACUUAGGAUGGAAGCCUAGAUCAGCAUUAGACUUCCUCCUACCUGAAAACCGACCCGCUGCAACUCCAGGCACACUUGAAUACGGUGUGCAAUAUGAGAAGUUGCUGCAAAAUGUUGUUGAACAUAUGAAGAAAGCUCCGCAAGCUAUGAUUGCUUCUGAGAAUCAACAUCGCAGACAGUCCACAUUUCAGGUAGGGGAACGUGCCUGGGUCAAGGCUAGUGAGUUAGGACAGGAGUUCGGAAUAUCUCGCAAACUAAUGCCUCAGUACUUUGGUCCCUGGGAAGUCUUGGAUGUAGUGGGAGAUGAGUUGGAUGGUCCUACGUACGUCAUUCGUGUCCCUGGACACCUACGCACUCACCCAGUCUUUCAUGCCUCAAAGCUUGCACCUUUCGCUGAGACUGUUCAAUUCCCUUCCACGAGAUCGAUGCUGCCCCCAACCAUGGAUGGACAAGUCGACAUCGACGAUAUUGUGGAUCACAGGGAUAUGCCUGUUCCGAAGCCGCUGGGUCGAGGAAGACCUCCUAAACCCAAGAGGGAGUACCGGAUCAGAUUCAGGCAUCAUACGGAUCCGAAAGAAGAUCGGUGGUUUACCCGGGAGGAACUGAUGGAAACAGCUCCUCAGGUGGUGGCAGAUUGUGAACGGAAGUUAAAAGGGAAGGCACCUGCGAAGUAAGCAUCUCAGCGGACUUUCGAAGCUAAGGGGGAUGGAAUGUGAGGAUUGAGCCCUCAAGUAGGGGCCUUGCCAUGAUGUACAUGUUCUGGGCUAAGGCCCCAACAAGCCUCGUGCCCGCCCUAAGUGAAGGCGGGCCAACAAAUCAACAAGAGCCCU